AUGCCCGGAACAGCAUUCGUCAAACCGACUCUACUUGUUGACAAUGGACGAACUCGUUUCAUCUCAAACAACCUGUGGAUGAGUAUGGCUGAAGAAUUUGGCAAGCCUGGGGACGCUCUAGAUGACUCUUCUGACGAGGAGGACGAGGCAGCAGUCCUAGACGACGGUAUCGACUUCCUGCUGGGCGCCACUCCAAACAGUAUUGGUGUCAAGGACCUACAUCCACUACCUGAACAGGUCAUGACGAUAUGGCAAAUUUUUCUCGAGAACGUCAAUCCACUAUCUAAGCUCAUUCACAUACCAUCGAUGCAGCCUGUGGUUGUGGAGGCAAGCUCCCAUCUAGAUAACCUACCAAAGAAUCUUGAAGCUUUACUUUUUGCCAUAUACAGCGUUGCAGUGCUUACGCUCGAGCCCGGUGAAUGCGAGGAUAUGUUAGGCGAGAAGCAGACAGUACUCCUGGCUCGAUAUCGGAAUGGCACAAAGCGUGCUUUGGCAAGAGCAAAAUUUUUGGGUACUUCUGACCUCACGACCUUGAUUGCCUUUACCUUUCACUUGCUUGGUAUGAGAGAUGUAUACGACACGAAAACGCUGUGGACAUUAACAGGAGUAGCAACCCGAAUCGCAGAAGGUAUGGGAGUGCAUCGUGAUGGCACUGCGCUCGGUCUCGGGAUUUUUGAGUCUGAAAUGCGCAGGCGAGUCUGGUGGCAACUACUCUUCUUGGAUUUCAGGACAGCAGAACUAGUGGGAUCUGGAGCUUCUGGAAGUAUUGGCUCUUGGGACGUGCGCGUGCCAAUUAACGUUGACGACGAAGACAUCUGGCCAGGUGGCGAUUUCGCUGUCUUGUGGGAUAACUUUAGACGACUUGGAGCUGUAGAGGAGAAGGAGGAAGGCAUCAAAGAACUCGAACGGAUGCUGGAACAAAGAUAUGUCAGAUUCUGCGACCCGUCUAUUCCUACACAUUUUAUGGCAAUCAUCGUUACACGAGCGGCCACGAAUGGAAUGCGGCUUAUGGCUCACCAUCCGCGAAGGUAUUCUAAGGACGAGGAUGUGCCAGAAGACGAACGACAGCUAUGUUGGUCAAUUGCUUGUAAACUUCUUGAGCUUGACAGCCUUGUCCAUUCUUCGAAGUCGUUGACACACUUCAAAUGGCACUCUACUAAUUAUUUCCAGUGGCAUGCUCUAAUCUACGUGCUGAGUGAGCUCAGGAGACUGCCACUUCAGGAGCAAGCCGAUCGUGGUUGGCAGAUCGUGCAUGAAGUUUUUGGCCACCAUCACGAGGUCGUGGUUGGUAUAAAAAAACCACUUAACUUGGCUGUUGGUAGCUUGUGUCUAAAGGCGUGGAAGGCAAGAACGGAAUCCUGGUCAUUGAGGCAGUACGCUAUACCACUCGUGACUCCAGACUAUAUUGAAAGAUUGAGGGCAGAUCGGGAGGAGAAGAAAGUUGCGCCUAUACAAAUACCCCUUCAAUCACAAACCGACUAUUUCUCGCUACGACAGAGCAGAAGACCUGAGACGAAAAGUAUGCCCACGUCUACAAACUCCAAUCUCAACCGUUCUGUUGGAGAGCACAACGAGUCGAUGCGAUCAGACACUCUCCAGCCCCAAACAUCACAAGCCGAACAGCCGCAGUACUACCAGCAGCCACAAACAGAUCAACCGCCAUUUGCAUUGCAUUUUCCUUACCAAGACAAUCAGCAGCAGCAGCCACAGCUCUUCUGGUGGGAUCUCCAACAGAAUAAUUCUAAUGGUCUGGACACCACGAUGGAGUUCAACAUGGACUCUUUCGCAGACACUAUGGACUGGUCGCAGUGGGAUUUCCUGUUGAAGAGCAAUCGACCAGCAGGCUGA